AGCUUGAGAGAGAGAGGAGAGAUGGAGAAGGAGAGACGCAAGAGGAGAUAGGAAUUAAACAAACAAAAGCGGCCGUGGAAAAAGAGGGGAGAGAGGAGGAAGAAGGGGGGAGAGAGAAAGGGGGCAACUUGACCCAGUGGGAGGAGGAGGGCAAGAAGCGGACGGCACCAGCCAUGCCGCGGUCGCCGUCGCCUGACAGGCACCACCACCACCACCACCCGGGGCGCCGGAGGGGGGCGGCGGCGGGGCCGCCGACGGCGCAGACGACUUCGCAUCAGCGCCGGCGGUCGCCGUCGCCGGCGGGGAGGCGGUCGCUGCGGCCGCGCCGGGCCGCGGCGCCGUCGUCGAGGCCGCUGGUGGACGACUUCUUCCCUUUCCCUUCCUCGCCGUCGUCGUCGCCGUCGAGGCCGCCGCCGCACCAGCAGCAGCAGCCGCAGCAACAGCAGCGGAGGCCGUCGCCGGAGCCGUCGAGCUCCGACUCCGAUGGCCACGGCGGCGGCGGGUCCUCGGCCUCCGACCGCCGACGUCGCAAGCUCAAGCUCGUCGUGAAGCUCUCCCAGCUCGCCCCCGACCAGAACCACCGCCGGGGCCCACCUCCCCCCUCGUACUCGGACUCCUCCGGCGGGGAGGAGGAGGCUGGCGACGACGGGAGCGGCGGCGAGGAGCAGGUGAAGCCGCCCAAGAAGCGCCGGAUCGAACCGCGCGGCGACAGAUCUCGCCAUCGGGAGGUUGGUGGGAGGACCGACGCCGCCAGCGCGCCGAGGACGAAGCGGCUUCCUGUGCCAGGGAUGGCGAGGACGACGCCGCUGCCUGACCGCAAGGCGCUGGACAUGAUUCUCGACAAGCUGCAGAAGAAGGAUACGUAUGGAGUGUUCGCUGAGCCAGUCGAUCCGGAGGAGUUGCCUGACUACCAUGAUGUGAUUGAACACCCAAUGGACUUUGGCACUGUCAGGAGGAAGCUUGCCAGGAAUGCAUAUCGCUCAUUCGAGCAAUUCGAGGAUGACGUAUUCUUAAUUUGCAGUAAUGCGAUGCAGUACAAUGCGCCUGAUACAAUCUACUUCAGACAGGCCCAUUCCAUACAAGAACUGGCAAGAAAAAAGUUCCAGGAACUGAGAGAUGAAGGCAUUCCUACAGAAAACCAAAUAAAGAGUGAACAGAAAAUUAGACCAAACUCUUGCAACAGAGAACCAAUUAAGAAGCCUGUUUUGAGGUAUUCAGAUGAUGAUCUUGGCUUCAUGUCCCAUAAAGAGCAAGUUAGUAGACCAAAUUCCAAAAAUUUAGGGGAUGAUCUAAAGUUCAAAGAUCAAGUUAAGAAACACAUUUCAAGGAAUUCGGAGGAUGUCUUAAGUUCCUCAUUCCAGAAAGAGCGAGUUAAGAAAUCAAAUUUCAGGAAUUCAGACGAUGAUUUAAGUUCCUCCUUCCACAAAGAACAAGUUAAGAGACCCAUUUCCAGAAACUCAGGGGAUGAUCUAAGCUCUUCAGUCCACAAGGAGCAAGCAAGGAAAGUGAUAUCCAGAAAUUCAGAAAAUGAGAGAGUGUCAUCUUUCCACAAAAAGCAUGACAAGAAACCCACUUCCCGGAAUUCAAAAGAUGAAUUACCAUCCCAGGAAAAACACAUUAGGAAGCCUGUUUGCAGAAACAGCGAAGAUGCAGAUUUCCUAUCAAAUAAAGAUUCAGUUGAGAACCCUGUUUGCACAAAUGGAGAACAUGUAGGUGUCUUAUCCCCAAAAAGGUUAGUUGAGAAGCCCAUUUGCCAAAACAGAGAUGACGUGAGUCACUCACAAAAAAAGGAGUUGAAUAAUAAGCCUAUUUGUGGAGAUGGACGGGAUGAUAUGGGCUACUCCUGCAACACAGAGACUGUUAAGAAGCCAGUUAGCAUGAAUAGCCAAGAUGCCUUGGGUUCAGAUGUCUCUGCUGCAACGGUUGCUUCUGCAGGAGAUGGUUCUAAUGGUUUAAGUAUGUCUCAGGCUAAUGCUGCUGAGCCCCUAGGUUGUAUGGCGACCAAUGGGUUUAUGGACAAAGAUAUCAGUUCUCCACUCGAUGAAAUAAGAUCUGAGAAGACAGAUGACAUUUCAGCUAGGGAAAGUUCAGUGAAGCCAAGCUACAAGUCAAUUGUGGUAGAUGAGACUCGACGUAAAACAUACGAUACAUAUGAAGAACAGCCUUCAUCAGAAUCUGACGCAAUUUUUGAUGUAUUCUCUGAGGAGCCAAAAGAGCUCGCUAGUGUUGGACCUCAUUCUGAUCACUCGUAUGCAAGGAGUCUUGCUCGUUUUGCUGGCUCACUUGGUGCUCAAGGUUGGAGACUUGCUUCUGAACGCAUUCAACAGGUAUUACCCACUGAUGUAAAGUUUGGACGUGGUUGGGUUGGAGAAUAUGAGCCACCGUUACCAUCUAUUCUGUUUGUGGAGAAUCAAUCAAGAAGUCUAGUUAGCUCGGAGUCUAAUAUUCAAAAGAGUGCUUCAAUGACUAGGAAUAAUGAGAGGAUGAGACCAACAGGAAGUGUCAAUCCAAAGGAGAUGAGUUUGAGUCUAAAUCAAAUAACCACUGGUAAUAACAUGGUUGGAGUGCCUGGUCCUCUUGAAAGUCCGGAAAUUAAGCCAAGAUUAUUUGGUGUUACGGCUGAGCCCCAACAGAGGAACACUAAUGCUUCAUCUCUGCAUGAGAAUCAUCGGGUGUCUGGUAGUGUUGCAAAGACCAAAAGAGCUCCCAGUGAACAAACAAGGAAAGGAAGCUCAUCCUCCAGUUCCCGCACUCUUCAAAAGCAACCACAGAGGCCUGAAUGUUCGAAAGGACCUUCUGGUGUGCUUGAUAUGCCUCCUUUAAACAAAAUGGCUGGUCAGCCUAGGCCCUUCUUCCAACCAGCAGAAGCAGCUGUAACUCAGCAAAUGAGAAAAAGUGAGUCAUCUAAAAAUUCUCAUCCACUUGAAAUGGCACAUCAGAGGCUCGAGUGUGCAAAAGGUGCUACUUCUGGUGUUCAGGAUAUGCCUACCUUAAACAGUGCUAGUGGGCAGCCUAAACCCUUCUUCCAGUCGCAAGAAGCAGCUGUUCCACAACCCAGAAAUGAAAAUACAUGGGUAUACCAUGGACGACCUGGUGAUGGGAAGUAUGGAACGUCAGACAAAAGCAGACCAAUGAACAGCAUGGCUUUUAUCACUAAAAAUCAACCAGUAAAUGCUGCCAGCUUUGCGAUGAAUUUGAAUGGGCAAAAGAAUGUCAAUGACAAUGUAAAAUCAGUGGGCUCAACUGUAAUGCCUGGGCAGGUAAAUACAGCAAACAGAGGGCCUGAUUCUUCCCGAAAUAUUUUCUCAGCAUUUCCAGCAGCAGUCAGGGAGAAUCAGAGCAUUCCAUCGGCUCCAAUGGCACAAUCUUGGAUCUCAUUUGGUACUUCGUCAGAGAGCAAACCUACCAUUGUUAGUCCUACUUUCCAUGACAGCAAUUCUGGUUGGAAGAUGCCAUUUGCAAAUGCUCGUCCUGAUGAAGCAAAGAUAACUGCUGUUCCACAGUUCUUUAGGCAGCAACCCAGUCAGAUGGUUAGAGAAAGUUCGGUGCAAAACAAGGGUUUGGUAAUAUUCCCCCAGUUGGUCCAAACAGAUUUCUCAAGAUCACAGGGCCAACCACAAUGGCAAGGCCUGGUUCCCCAUAUGCAACAGAAGCCAAACAAGGAUAUGCUCCGCCCAGAUUUAAACAUCGGGUUCCCCUCUCCUGGUUCACCACCGGCUCGACAGUCUUCCGGCAUCAAUUUGGAAGCACAACAACCAGAUCUUGCUUUACAGCUGUAAGCUUGGAACGGAUGACUACAGAUUGGAUGUCAGACUCAAACUUUAAGUAUUAAAGGCACAUCAAAGUUAGGCGCAAAGCGCAAACAGCAGAUUGGGACAUCCAUUAGAUGGGUUGACAGCAGAUGGAGUGAUGACAAUUCAAGGUAAACCAUCGUACAUUGUUUGUGACUCAUCCUCCAUGCACCAAAGUAUUGAGAAUAUGGAUGGAUGAACACCUGCUUAGGAUGACAUCAUUAUAUAUGCUUGGGCAUUUUGUUCACUACCGGAGUUCAGAAUCCAGCAUUUGAUGAGAAUGCUGUGGUAGCAUGCUUCUUGGUAGAGCAUGCACAUGAUCCAAAACACUUAGCGCACUUGCCUGACCACACUAUAGCUUUCCUCGGUGGAAAUUUUUGCACCAGAACUUAGGAUAUAUCGUUCUUUCAGUAGGCUAGACUAUGUGGUCGCCCCUAUGUAAUGCUCCCUUGUCACAUUGUAUGUUGGUUGUAAAUGGUCCAGCAUUGAAUAGAUUGUUAGACUUAGAUCUUCUUUUCUGAAUGAAAUUGCUUCACUCUUUUAUA